GGCGGAAAGGGGAUUUUGCCUUUGAAAUCGAAAGCAAAAGCGGCGCGUUGGGGGAUUUUUGACUCGGCGUAGGAGUGGGCGGUAGGUGCGGCGAAUUUUGGGGACAGAGGGAAAUCAAGCUCGGCCCGGCUAAAAGCAGGCUUCAGGAUCGAGAAGGACCAAACGCCCGCGAUGGAAGGACUUUCCCGGCCGCGGCAGGAAGAGCCCGUCAGUAAGAUGCUGGUUCCUGUCAUGUUUCAGACUGUUCCCCUGCUUCUCUGCGACCGAAUCCUGCUCUCCCUGCUGGCUGGAUGGGGCCCCUCCAUGGACCCCCUGGGGGUCCCAGCGGCUUGGCUGGAGGCCGCUCUGCGCCUGCUGGUUCUCUGGGGAGUCAGGGCCCUGCUCUCCGUGGGUGGGGCCUCCCCGAUGUCCUCUUCUACGGUGGCUGCUGUCAGCAUCCUGCCCCCGUUGUACCUGUUGGUGGGACACUGGCUUGGGGACCCUCCCCUCCUGGUCUCUUCGGCCGCUUGGUCCUGGUGGCUGGCAAUCUAUGGGGCAGUGGGCUUCUCCCAGCUCCUCUGGGGGAUCCUGGCAGGAGGGCGAAGCACAGAGGAGUCCCGGAAAGAAGACAAGGCCACUUUUUGGAAGAUGCUCAGACUUUUCGGUCCAGACAAGCUGUAUCUCACUGGCGCUUUCUUGUUCCUCAUCCUGGCGGUGAUUGGUGACAUGUUCAUGCCCUUUUACACCGGGCGUUUGAUUGACAUCCUGGGCACCAAAUAUGACGCAGAAGCCUUUUACACGGCCAUCUUUUGUCUCUGCCUGGUCUCAUUUGGAAGCUCCACCUUUGCCAGCUGCCGUGGGGGGCUCUUCAUGUUCACCAUCUCCCGGAUGGUCAUCCGGACUCGCAACUUACUCUUCUCUUCUCUGGUGCGGCAAGACCUGGCCUUCUUCCAGGAGGUGAAAACAGGGACGCUGACCUCCCGCCUUUCCAAAGACACAACUAUGAUGAGCCGCUCGGUGCCGCUCAACACCAACGUCUUCCUGCGCAACCUGGUCAAGUCCGUUGGGCUCUACGUAUUCAUGAUCGGCCUGUCCUGGCGCCUGACUCUGCUGAUGCUGAUUGAGACCCCACUCAUGAUGGCCGUCCAGAAGGUCUACAAUGCCCGACACCAGGCUUUACUGAAGGCAAUCCAAGAUUCGGUGGCCCGCUCAGAGGAGGUGGUGCGUGAGGUCAUCUCGUCCAUGGAGACCGUGCGCAGCUUUGCCACCGAGGAGAAGGAGUCAGAGCGUUACGAGGCAUCCUUGGGGGACACUUGCCGUCUGAAGAACCAAAGGGACUUGGAAAGGAUGGUUUACUUAUUUGUUGUACGGGUGCUCCAGUUGAGCCUGAAGUUCAUCCUGCUCUUCUGUGGCUACCAGCAGAUCCAAAACGGCCUCAUGACCAAAGGAAACCUGGUCUCCUUCAUCCUCUACCAAGCAAAUGUGGGGUGGUAUGUGCAGGCCCUGAUUUACACCUACGGAGAUGCCCUGAGCAAUGUGGGCGCCGCAGAGAAAGUCUUUGAAUAUCUUGACCGGGAGCCCUCUGUCCGCACAGAAGGGACGCUGUCUCCAGAAACCCUCGAGGGACGCAUCUCCUUCCAAAAUGUUUCCUUUUGCUAUCCCUCCCGCCCUAAUAUCCAGGUCCUGAAGAAUGUCUCCUUUGAGCUCCGCCCUGGGGAAGUGACGGCCUUGGUGGGCCCAAACGGCAGCGGAAAGAGCAGCUGCAUCGCCCUCCUGGAGCACUUCUACGAACCCCAAUCUGGGCAGGUUCUGCUGGAUGGAAAGCCAGUUGGGAAAUAUGAGCACAAGUAUCUCCAUAAGCAGGUGGCCCUAGUGGGCCAGGAGCCCGUCCUGUUCUCUGGGUCCAUCAGGGAGAAUAUCACUUACGGCCUACAAGGCUGCAGCGAGGAAGAUGUGAUCAGAGCAGCCAAAGAAGCUGAUGCCUUGGGAUUCAUCCGUGAACUGGAAGGAGGCUUUGAUGCAGAGGUGGGGGAAAAGGGGGACCAGCUCUCCAUUGGGCAGAAGCAACGGCUGGCCAUCGCCCGGGCCCUGAUCCGUGACCCGAAGGUCUUGGUGCUGGAUGAAGCCACAAGUGCCUUGGACUUCAAGAGUGACGAUGCAAUCCAGCAGUCUGUGAAGAGUGGAGGCCGGACAGUGCUGAUGAUUGCUCACCGGAUGCAGACAUUGGAGAAUGCAGACAAGAUUGUGAUGCUGGAAGGAGGGAAGAUUGUGAAGAUGGGACUCAACACGGAGCUGAUGGGCCAGAGAGGCCCCUACUACAGACUGGUGGAAAGGACCUAGGCGAAAUGACUUCUGGAGUUGCAACGGAGAUGUCAGCCAUAGGAUGCACUGCUUUUGUAGAUGCCAAAUGAAUGAUUUGCUGGGGAGAUAAACAGCACUCUUAGGAAAAGAGAGGGACCCAGAAGCUAGCUGUCUAGCAGCUUUUGACCAGUCAAGGGUUGCCGAAUUGCAGCCAUUUGGAAGGAGGUUGUCUUUCUCAUCUGGGCACAAGUCAUGUGGUGUUAAGUAACAAUUUAGGCCCUGGAAACUCCACAGUGUAAGGUGCAAAAUCCCAUUUCAAGCAAGUUGUACUUAGCAAACUCAUCAAUACCCCCGUUUUGUCCUUUGUUUAAAUUUAGUAUGUGAGACCUUUUUGUACAACCUGCUCUUUUGUCACACUUUUUAAUAUUGGUUGCAGAAAUUUCACUUCCUGUUUAUUUAACAAAAUAAAGUUCUGUGUGAUCCCUUUUA